AAAUAACAGCAACUCGGAAGUUGAGUAUAAAACAAUAACAAUAUUAAAAAUGCCUAUUUAAAAUAAACAGUUAUUAUAGAUGUUUUAUAACUGCCAGUGUUUGGUUGUCCCUGAAGUUUUAGCCGUGUUACAACACGCAUGGUAACAAUAUACAUAUAUCCACAAACUUUGUUGUCUGUACCUAUGUAGAUAAAUAAAACCAAUUCUAAGGUGACUUCAUCCUUAUCAUUAGUAGACGAGCGAUCAUAUAGAAUGAAAGUGCUAAUUCUAUUGAUAUUUAUGUUCAUAUGUUUGAGUGGGGCCAGACAACUGGUGUCUCUCGAUGAAACCGGAAUACUAUUUAAGAAGUUCGUUUUGAAUGAACUCAGCGAAGCAGAGGCGUCUACUUUAAAGGAGCUGUUUCAACUCUUGCGCAGACCUAAAUAUGUGGCAGCUACACAAAGAGAAAUAAAAUUCACGGCAUCUCGAACGGCGUACAAUCGGAAUCUCAUAUGCAUUCUAUGUCGCAGUACACUGAACGCUCUAUUCGAGGGCAUAGCCGAGGGUCAGACGGACGAGCAGCUUGAGGAAUCUAUCACAACGCUAUGUGUGGAGAUAGGCAUUCAGAACCGGAACGUUUGUACAGGCGCUGUCAAACUUAAUUUGCCAUUGAUUAUCUACAUAAUCCGGAACACUCCCGAGGCGGCUCCAAUGACAUAUUGUUCGCUGUUGCUGCAGAACUCUGAAUCCAACGUGUGUCCCCACAACGACACGCGGUUUGAGUGGCAGGUGGACUUGCCGCCGCCGCCUGAAUUUGUCCCAACACCAUUAAUAGACACGUCACCUAUAAAAGUGGCAGUCGUAACUGACGCCCACAUCGACCCGCUGUACGAAGCGAAUGGAGUCGCCAACUGCGACGAACCCACCUGCUGCAGAGUGGGUCAAAAACCGGCCCCUUAUAUGACCCAAAAUGAUAUUGACGACAACCUGUAUGAGAAUGCGGUUGUUGAGAGAGAUGGAGAGAAAAUGUUUAAUCUCAGCUUAGCUCGGGAAAUACAAUCUCUAAGGUCCCAAUCUAUAGUGGCCAGGCAAAAUGCAGAACCAGCUGGAUAUUGGGGGGACUAUAGAAACUGUGACUCUCCUAUAUGGGCUUAUGAUGAUCUCAUUGAAAGAAUUGCCGAAGCUCACAAGGACAUCGAUUUUGUUUAUUACGUCGGAGAUACGAUAGACCACGGAGUUUGGGAAACAUCAUACGAGUUGAUCAAAGCUAUGCACCGUCAUUUAGUGGAGAAAAUGAAAUCUUCUUUUGGCGAAAAACUUGUCAUCCCUACGAUUGGCAAUCACGAGUCGCACCCUACAAAUCAAUUCGCACCAAACUAUAUUGUUGGCGAGUUCAACACAACUUGGCUGUAUGAGGCUUUGGCAGACAAAUGGGGCUCCUAUUUGCCAGAGGAAGCCAGGGCGUCGCUGCUAAAGACGGGAGAAUUCGUUAUGAAACCAAGACGUGGAUUGAAAGUCAUUGUCAUCAAUAACAACGUUGCGUACAAAUAUAACUGGUGGUUAGUAUUCGACCCCGCAGAUGCGAAGAGGCAUUUAGACUGGUUGAUACAGGAGUUGCGUGAAUCUGAGUUGGCGGGCGAAAAGGUGCACAUUCUAUCACACAUCCCGCCAGGAACACAAGACCUGACGCACACCUGGACCAGGGAAUAUAACAGAAUAGUCAACCGAUUUUCUUCUACUAUCGCCGCAGAAUUCAACGGCCACGUGCAUUACGACGAGUUUAAGCUGUUCUACAGUCCAGAUGGCGCUCCGGUCAAUGUGGCGUGGGGGGGCGGGGCUGCUACAGCUUAUACCAAAUACAAUAUGAAUUACAAGAUCGUGGAGUUUGAUAGCUCUACCUUUCAACCAGUAAGCAUGGAAUGCUACACGUACAACGUGACGGAAGCCAACCUGACGCCCAACCGCCGCCCGCACUGGUUCCUACUCUAUGACUUCAAAAACUCCUUCGACUUGCCCGACCUCUCCCCUAUCUCCAUAGACAAUCUAGUCAAUGCCAUGUCAUCCAACGCCCAUUAUCUAGAUUUAUAUUCAGCCUAUUCUUCUAGACUAAGCGAUGCCCGGUGGCCGGCUUGCGAUCAAGCCUGCAAAAUGAACUACCUUUGCAGUUCGGUUAUAACUGUAUUGUGGGAACGAGAGAAGUGUGAAGAAAUAACUGCUUUGAUAAAUCUGAAAUAAUUUAUACAUUUAUACUAUAAAUUAACUCAGAUAUUUCGGUUAUAACUUAGUAAAAUAAAUUAUUAUUUAUC